AUGAAAGUAAUCGAAGACAUCCUCAAAGAAGUCGACUAAGAAGUCCUUCGUAAGGCUCCCCAUGCCCAACGUAAAUACAACAAGAUCACUGAAACAUUGAGAGUCAAAUUCCUCAAUAAGAUCUUUUAAGAAAAUAAAUCAAUUAAAAAGGCUGCUGAAGAAUUGAACAUCAAUUACAGUUCUGCCAAAACCAUUCUUACCAUGCACAGAAAGAAAUCCAAAAACGGUGGAAGUUCUCCAAGCUGUGCUGACUUAACCAACCCUGCUGCACUUAGCCAAGAUUUUGCUACAGCUUCUCAAUAGGCUAUGGCUCGUGCUCUCCCUCCUAAGCACCUUAUUAAAUAAUCUUUCAUGUCUACAGCCAGCAAUUUAUCGGAAUAAAAGGAUUUCGAAGAUUCUUGUUCCGAUAAUCACGAUGAAUUAAAGGGAAAUAACAAUAUCAUGAAGAAGUAACUCAUCCAAAAUAGAAACCUUGUUUUAGUAGCUCCCUAAGCUCCUAAUAACAUCCAAGUUAACCCUUUGAGCUAGAUUUAAUAAAAGAACACAUCAAUCAUCAUCCCUCCUCCCCAACAAUAAUAACCUGCUUUACAAUAAUCUGCUUAAAUCCCCACAGCUAUUUCUCAAAAUAUAUUAUUGUAGCUCUAACAAUAAUUCUAAGUUCAAUAGCAAUAAUAACAAUAAUAGUAAUAAUAAUUACAAAAUACUUUACAAUAAUUAUUGUUAUUGUAACUUGCUUAGACUCAACAAGCCCAAUAAUAACCUGUCUAACCAGCUGCUACCUUAAAUCCCUUGGCAACUCUCCUCUUAUAGCAAUAAUUGUUAGGCCAAUUACCAUCAGCCGCUGCUCCCAUGCAAUAAAAAUUCUUUUGA